AAUCCCACAGUCCCUCCCCAGCAAGCACAGACCAGGUAGAGGACUCAGAGAGGAAGGGAGGCCUCUGAGAGCUGCUGCCCCUGUCUGCAACGAAGAAGAAGGACCAGCUGCACAUCUGCAGAACCAAACCAUCAAACUUUCAGAGCAAAACUUGGAGCCACCAUGAAGCUAAAGCUCCCAAACCCCGGGCUGGAUGACCGAAUUCCCAGCCACAAAGACUUGGAGAGGAUGGAGAAGGAGGAGGCUGGGGACAGACCCAAGUGGGACAACAAGGUCCAGUAUCUCCUGACCUGCGUGGGCUUCUGCGUGGGGCUGGGAAACGUCUGGAGGUUCCCCUACCUGUGUCAGAGCCAUGGAGGAGGGGCGUUCAUGAUCCCGUUCCUCAUCCUGCUGGUUCUGGAGGGCAUUCCGCUGCUGCACUUGGAGUUUGCCAUUGGUCAGCGUCUGAGGAAAGGCAGCGUGGGGGUAUGGAGGUCCAUAAACCCCUACCUGACCGGAGUCGGAAUUGCCUCUCUGCUUGUGUCCUUUCUGGUGGGUUUGUACUACAACACCAUCAUGGCCUGGAUCAUGUGGUAUCUCUUCAACUCCUUCCAAAAUCCUCUGCCAUGGAGCCAGUGUCCGCUCAACGCAAACAGAACAGGGUUGUUGGAGGAGUGUGAGCGUAGCUCCACUGUUGACUACUUCUGGUACAGAGAGACUCUGAACACCUCCACAGCCAUUGAGGAGGCUGGAGGCCUGCAGUGGUGGAUGGUUCUGUCCCUGGUGGCUGCCUGGACUCUACUCUACGUCUGCUGCAUCCGCGGCAUCGAGACAACUGGAAAGGCUGUAUACGUCACAUCGACUCUGCCCUACGUGGUCCUCACCAUCUUCCUCAUCAGAGGACUGACUCUCAAAGGCUCUACAGAUGGAAUAAAGUACCUCUUCACGCCAGAUGUCAACGAGUUGAUGAAUCCAGCAACCUGGCUAGAUGCUGGGGCUCAGGUUUUCUACUCCUUCUCCUUGGCUUUUGGAGGCCUCAUCUCCUUUUCCAGCUAUAACUCUGUCCACAACAACUGUGAAAUGGACGCAGUUCUCAUCUCCAUCAUCAAUGGCUGCACCUCCGUCUACUCUGCAACCGUGAUCUACUCCAUCAUUGGCUUCAGGGCUACGGAAAAGUUUGACGAGUGCACCGGAAACAACAUUCUGAAGCUGAUGAACGCCUUUAACUACCCGGAGGACAACAUCACAGAAAGCAACUACAACGAGGUUCUGACUCACCUCAACCAGACCAGUCCAGACAUCAUCCAAGGAUUGAACCUGCAGACGUGUGACUUGCAGUUUUUCCUCAGCCAGGGCGUUGAGGGCACAGGGUUGGCUUUUAUCGUCUUCACAGAAGCCAUCAUCCGGAUGCCAGUUUCGCCUCUUUGGGCAGUCCUCUUCUUCAUCAUGCUUUUUUGUCUCGGCCUAUCAACCAUGUUUGGCAACAUCGAGGGAGUAGUGGCGCCUUUGCAGGAGCUCAGGGUGUUACCCAAGACUUGGCCUAAAGAAGUUUUUACUGGCAUAACCUGCUUUAUCUCCCUUGGUCUUGGACUCAUAUUUGCCCUCCAAUCAGGAAACUACUGGCUGGCUCUUUUUGAUAACUUUGCAGGUUCCAUUCCUCUGCUGGUCAUAGCGCUUUGUGAGAUGAUUUCAGUCAUCUACAUCUACGGUGUGGACAGGUUUAACAAGGACAUUGAGUUUAUGAUCGGCCACAAACCAAAUAUUUUCUGGCAAGUGACGUGGAGGGUGGUUAGCCCCGUCAUCAUGAUCUUCAUCCUCAUUUUCUACUUUGUUACGGAGGUCACAGAGGCUCCCACAUAUUUGGUGUGGGACCAGAAGUCGGAGAACUUUCCUGCCCUGGAAGAGCGUGCUUAUCCGUCCUGGAUCUACGCCAUCAUCGUCAUCCUGGCUGGCAUCCCCUGUUUAUGCAUCCCCUUCUAUGCCCUUUUCAAGUUAAUACAAAAUAAAUGUUGUAAGAAGAAGAAGGAUUACAGAGAUGACACAUUGGACACAAUCACUUCCAAAAUAAAAAUGAAUGAGCAAAAGUUUCAGACACAGCACAGCCUUUAGUAUUUAACGUGAAGUGAAUUUUGUUUGUUGCUAUUUUUUCAGCUUUUAGUAUUGGAAGAGGAAAAGCAGAUCAAAAAAGUUCCAGAUUUGAUUAAAAAACCCCAGAACAUUGUCAUGAAUAAACGUCCUGCAUUGAAACAAAUGAACAGAUUGAUUUUGUAACAUCGUUUAACAAAAAGAAAAAUUGUUGGAAAUGCACAAACACAAAAUAACUGACUGAUUUUUGUACAGGAAGAACAAUUUAUGUUUUCUUUAUGUAUUUUUUAAUAAAAUGUAUUUUAGCUUCAUGUUUGUUGCUUACUGUUCAAUAUUGAAAACCUGAAACCUUGUGGGAUAAAUAAACUGUUUGUGAUUUCCGGUUAUGUCAGACAGUGCCACAUUACUCUUCAGCCUCAGGUAAAACUGUCAUUACUGUUUUGUUUGUCCGCAUCGAAGAGGGAAUGUUAUGUCUAAACCAGAGAAACAAUUGUUUUUACUAUGUGUCACAAACAUUAUCUGUAUAUUGCCGUUUUUUUUUUUCAAAUUAAAAUUUCCUUAAAAAAAA